GGCAGGGAUUUUCUGUUUGAAUUCUCAAGGUCUAACCAUUUGAAUUCAACAGUUGUUCCUAGAAUAAAUAAUAAUAAACAAAUACUUGUUUGUUUCACAUUCUCUUGAGAUAUCUGAAUAUUAUCAGUAGACAAACUAUUUGAAAAAGAGUAAUUCUAACUAUCUGAGAAAGUUAAACAACAUAGGAAUUUUAUUCACUUGCUUUCAUCCAAAUGUGAAGUGCUGUAAAUUAAUCUUUGACACUAUUGUUAUGCACAUUAUCUACAUUCAUUUUCUUGGCUGAGUAGGCGGGUGGUGUCUGUGUGGGGGAGGUGGUAGUCAGAUAAAACCAAGAGGAAACCUACUGUGGCUCUGAGUUCCCUCCUAAAGUCCAGCAGAGUUGUGGAGGAGUUUGCAGUAUCUUCAUCAUGGCCAUUCAGACAGAGAAGUCCUUGUUCUCCCUGCCCUGGCCUCCGCACAUCUACAGAGGGAUGACAUGUAAUGCACUGAUGGCUGACUCAUGGGCAGACAGAACUCCCUUGCAUGAGGCUGCAUGUCAGGGCAGACUGCUUCAGCUAAGGGACCUCAUUGCUCAGGGUUUCCAUGUAGAUACUCUCACAAUGGACAGAGUCUCUCCUCUUCAUGAGGCAUGCCUGGGUGGGCAUUAUGCUUGUGCCAAGUUUCUACUGGACAAAGGAGCAAAUGCAAAUGUUAUUUCAACAGAUGGUGUCACACCUCUCUUCAACGCCUGCAGCAGCGGUAAUGCAGCGUGUGCCAGAUUAAUCCUAAAGUCUACAGCCUCCAUUCACCCAUAUCAGCUGGCAUCACCUUUACAUGAAGCUGCUAAGCAAGGUCAUAAGGAGUGUCUGGAGCUGCUGCUUUCUUACGGUGCUCAUAUUGACUUGGAGCUGCCAGUGUUGGGGACUCCUCUGUAUUCUGCCUGUCUGACCCGCGCCACAGCGUGUGUCAGGACUCUGCUGGUCUUAGGGGCUGAUGUGCGACUCGGCUGUGGGCAGGAUAGUCCUUUACACGCUGCAGUGCGAGGAGGAGAGGUGGACAUAGUUGACCUGCUUCUGGACUAUGGGGCUGAUGGGAGCUGGAGGAAUACAGAGGGAAAGACUCCUCUUGACAUUGCAAAGCCUAACAGUUCAGUGAGAAGUAAACUGCUCACAAAAGGUCCCUGCUCCCUGUCUCAGUUCUGCCGUUUAUCAGUGCGCCGCAGUCUGGGGAGAAGUCGACUACACGCGGCGUCCAGCCUGUUUCUCCCUCACAGUGUCAAGGCUUUCCUGCUUUAUCACUGACACCUCUGAAUAAAUGUAUUAUUCUAGACCUUGGUAAGCUUUUAUUUUCCAUAACAAAUAUCCACCAAAGACAUUCUUUCUUCACUUUAUUCAUCUACAACCAGCUACAUUAGCCAGUACAACAAAACAGUGGUUGCAUAAACCGAGGUGGGAGCUCAAGGCUAAGCCAAAGCAGCUCUGAACAAAUACAUUUGUAUACAGUUCUGGUGUUUUCUUGUUCUAUAUUUGAUAUUUUGUGCUGUUGUAGUUGUUAUUAUUAUUUAGUUGAAUCUCUUGUUUGUAUAUCUAUGUUAUCUGAUACCAAAAAGAGACAAAAUUAUCUUUUAAAACCUUUAAUGUUUUGGUCUAUUUUUCCUAAAAUGCCUGACUAAGAAGACUUUCAAUUCAAAUUGAAUCUAUUUCUGAACCCUUUGUCCAACUCAAGAGUUUUGGUCUCUGCUGUCUUUAACUGUACUCUGUACUCUAACUUUAAGUAGAAAGAAGCUCUGCACAAAGGAAUGUCAGAUUUCAAAUUCUGUCUACAUUUUUUGGGGAUAGAUAUAAGAAUAGUUACAGCAGGUGUCCCUAGGGAUGGACUGCUGAAGCAGAUCUCACUAAACUCAAAUUACUUUUAGUGACAGAAAUUAAU